AUGCAAGAGCUUGUAAAACUUGAAGAAAGAUUACUGGAAUUGGCAGCAGAGGCGGAAAUGAUCGCUAAUACUGGAAUUGAUCAAGGAAAGAAAUGGGCUUUGGUACCGAAAAGUAUGGCAUUUAGAACGGAUGUAGCUAUAUCAUGGCUACUCGUGAGGAGAAAAGCUUUAGAACCAGUUAGGCAAAGAGAUGCGAGAGUUUCUUUUCUCAAAUAA